UAAUGUAACACUUCCUGUCUUGAAAGAAGUCGCGUGUUUUUAAACUUUGCACUGACGAACCUACAUGUGUUUUUUUCCCAAACGUCUUUGUAUUGCUACUACAGCUAAUGACCUAUGUAGUAGCUUCAUAUCAUUCAUAUGACACAAUGUUUGUUUCAAAUACCGUUGUAACUUACUAAGUAACAAGCUUGUUCCUUGCAUGACUAGAGUAAGCUAGCCGGCUAACGUAAGCUAGCUACCGCCCGGUAAGUUAGUUCAGGAAUUGUUGGCCCAUGCCAUGUGUCUCACUCUGUAUCGAUCUAGCAUAGUAUAGUAUAUAGCAAGCAAGGCAACGUUGUCCUAAAGGAAUUUGUUUUGUUGAGUUCAUUGACUUGUGUUAGUUGGUAGUAUUCAUUGAGCCAUAAAAGAACGGUAGUAUCAGCUAACGUUAGCUAGUACGUAGUCAGCUAACGUUAGUCCAACAUGGUCUUCUUCACGUGCAAUGCGUGUGGUGAAUCACUAAAGAAAGCCCAAGUCGAAAAACAUGUGAACAUGUGCCGUGGAUGUGAAAUUUUGUCAUGCAUUGACUGCGGAAAAGACUUUUGGGGAAAUGACUACAAGGACCACAUCAAAUGCAUCAGUGAGGAUCAAAAGUAUGGAGGCAAGGGCUAUGAGGCUAAGUCCAAAAAAGGGGAUGUCAAACAGCAACAAUGGAUUCAAAGGAUCCAAGAAGCCAUGAACAAACCAGGAAUCAGUGCCAAGCUGAAAGAUGUUCUAAAUCAAGUCAGUUCGUAUGAUAACGUCCCACGAAAGAAGUCGAAGUUCCAGAACUGGAUGAAGAACAGUCUGAAGAUCCACAAUUCCACGCUGCAUGACCAGGUGUGGGACAUCUUUUCAGCAGCAACCAGCAACCUGGCUCCCGAAGCCCCGACUCAGACAGAGGAACCCAAGCAGUCUGUUGCUGAAAGCAAAACCGAGACUAAUGGGGGCCAUCAGAAUGGCACAUCGGAGGAGCCACCACCAGAGAAGAAGAAGUUGAACAAGCGUGAGCGCAAAGAGGCAAGACAAAAGAAGAGCGGGAAGAAAGAAAAGAAAGCCCCGGAGAACGGUAACACCGAGGAGGAGGAGGAGGAAGCCAGUGCAGGCAAACGAAAGGACAAAAAAAGGAAGAGGAGUUCUGAGGAAGAUGCUGGAGGAGAGGUGACCACCAAGAAACGGAAGACAAGUAAAAAGGACAGUUCCGGAGAUGACCAAAACACAGAGGCGGCUGAGGAGGAGGCAGAGGGUGCUGCAGRACAAACAGGUUCCAAAGGAAAGUUCAAUUGGAAAGGAACGAUAAAGGCAGUCUUAAAACAAUCUCCUGAAGAAGGACUUGCGGUUAAAAAACUCAGGAAGAAGGUUUUGUCAGCUUACUACUCAUUCAGCGGAGAGGGAAAUUUCAAAUCAGAAGAGGAGCUGCUCGCACUCUUCAACAAGAAGAUUAAAGGCAACCCCAAGUUUAGAGAAUUAAAAGACAAAGUUAGACUUGUAAAGUAGAUGUAAAUCUCUCAUCACACUCUCGUGAAUUCCAGCAUGGCUGUUUUAACAACUCUCCGUGGUAUACGUCACCUGAAAGAUUAAAUCAUCUUUAACACCAAGUCAUGACCCUUUACUGACUUUUAAUUGGACACCAAUGUUGUCUUGUGUCUUUAAGACUAGAAACAAUGCAGGCUUUAGUGUAAAGAGCCACUGAACAUGCCAAUUUGCAUGUGUUUUUCUGUUGCUCAUUAGAAAAAUUAGAUUUCAGUCUUGGAGGUGUGUUUCCUGAAAGAUUCCACGUUUGGUUAAUGAUGUUUGUUCCCCAUGAGACACUAGCCUAUUUCAUGUCCUCAAAAGCCCCAGAAAGAAUCUAUAACUCAAGAACUCCGUAAUMAAUGUUGACGCUUUUGCCGAGGA